CUUCCCCAUUACUUCAAUGCUGGUAAUCGAUAUUCUCACAUGUGGCCACACGCUGAGCCACUCGGCCACCAUCACACACGUUACUCAUUUUCUCUCGGUGCAAAGAUCUCCAGCCCUGUAUGAACAUGCCCGCAGGACCCGGUGGGUUUCAAUAGGUGAAGCGGCUAUUGGGUAUCAUUCCGUGGGGGUUGCCUGCUUGGCUUUGGCUGCAUAGUAACCAGUGGUUUGGCCAGAUUAGACAGGAUGAGGGGUCUCCAACUCACAGGUUGCCGUGCAAUAGGCUACUACUGGAACCAUUGAGAUUUUCGCAGCGUUAGUCAUCGCACUAGCCGCAGUGUAGCCUUGUCUCUAUACUUACUCUCUGAAUCGCCAGCCCUGUGGUUCAGUACGCACUCCUCGAAGCGUUGGGUUUGGUGGAUCUUUUUAAACUGAACCGCGACCGAACCAUAUGCUGUUGCUAUCAUGGUUGCUCGUGGUUCUGACUCAAGGCGGUUUCAUGGACCCGUGGUCAGUGGUCUGAGGUGAGAGGUGUUGGGUGCGCGGCUCCGGUCAUUAGUGUGUUUGCGCAGGAAGUGGUAGCAGACGCCAGUGGCCGGCCAGGUGAUGUUUGCUCACGUAAGCCGCUCGUGUUUGAGGGGUGCAGGGGACGAGGCUGGAGGGAGCACGCUGUGGCUUCGCCUAACCGGAUCACCAGAUAACAGUAUCCUCUGUCCUUUUCGUUUUACUGAAAAGUAAUCCGAUUUCUACAUUUCUGAAGGUGGAUCAAAAAGCCCAAUCUUGUGUGUGUGUGGCUGUGUGUAUUUGUGCUUUUCUGUUCGCGAAAUCUAACAUUCGUUUUCCGUUAUAGAAAGCCAAUGCGCCCACCCAUGCAAUGACACUUGCUGGAGAGAGAGGAUAAACUAUAGAGGCUUCAUGCAGAGAGAGGAUAAACUGUAGAGGCUUCAUGCAGAGAGAGGAUAAACUAUAGAGGCUUCAUACAGAGAGAGGAUAAACUAUAGAGGCUUCAUACAGAGAGAGGAUAAACUAUAGAGGCUUCAUACAGAGAGAGUAUAAACUAUAGAGGCUUCAUACAGAGAGAGGAUAAACUAUAGAGGCUUCAUACAGAGAGAGGAUAAACUAUAGAGGCUUCAUACAGAGAGAGGAUAAACUAUAGAGGCUUCAUGUAGAGAGAGGAUAAACUAUAGAGGCUUCAUGCAGAGAGAGGAUAAACUAUAGAGGCUUCAUACAGAGAGAGGAUAAACUAUAGAGGCUUCAUACAGAGAGAGGAUAAACUAUAGAGGCUUCAUACAGAGAGAGGAUAAACUAUAGAGGCUUCAUACAGAGAGGGGAUAAACUAUAGAGGCUUCAUACAGAGAGGGGAUAAACUAUAGAGGCUUCAUGUAGAGAGAGGAUAAACUAUAGAGGCUUCAUACAGAGAGAGGAUAAACUAUAGAGGCUUCAUGCAGAGAGAGGAUAAACUAUAGAGGCUUCAUACAGAGAGAGGAUAAACUAUAGAGGCUUCAUACAGAGAGAGGAUAAACUAUAGAGGCUUCAUACAGAGAGAGGAUAAACUAUAGAGGCUUCAUGCAGAACCUCUGGUUUCGAGUAGAGGGUCAUUUACGAGUCUUGUUUUGCGUUUCAAGAGAAAAUAAUAGGUUUGAAGGAGGAUGCAGCAACCAGAUUUUUAACCAUGCAGAACCGGGCCGUUUCCGCGUCUUAGGCUGGUGUGUCCCCAUCUGAAACCGUAUGGGGAAAGCGGCAGACACAGAUGGCAUGGACACUUAUGCAAGGUCUGCCGCUCUGCCCUGCUAUCGGAGCCUAUUCGCAGUCUCCCACUUCAACCCAGCUCCGUCAUCCGCGCCCCUCAGCCGCCCCAGCACUGCAGCAACGGAGCCACGGCCGACGGCAUGAGGCUUGAUCCGGUCCAUUUCUCCAUGCUGGUCAUCGGGGUCUCUUUCGCCUGUUACGCCCCGAGUCUCAAUUCCCUCCAGGACCAGGCAUACCGAUCCGCCGUGGUCAUCGAGGGCGAGGUGCGCUCCUCACCGGAAAACGUCUCUCGGGACCCGUACAGUGUGAAUGUCAAAGUGCUAGACGUAUGGCCCGUGAACAGCGGCGGACUCGAGCGGGAGCAGCUCGUGACCGUCGGGGACUUCGGUUCCGAGGCCCCGUGCACCACUGUAGAGGAGAACCACAGAUAUAUAUUUUUCAUGGACCCAACAGGCGAGCCUUUAGUAUUCAAGGCAUCGUUUGCUCCGCUGGACGCCAGCGGAACGGACCUGAAGAAGGAUGUGGAGAGCGUGUUGUGUGAGGACUGCGCUGCGGCCCCUAAGUUGCGGCCGAUGCGGGGCCAGUCUCUAAUGGAGGGAGAGAGGCUGUAUCUGAAGUGUGAGGCGUCAGGGAACCCCAACCCCUCCUUCCAGUGGUACAAAGACGGCCGCGAGCUCCAGAGGGGAAAAGACGUCAAAAUCAAGACCAAUAAGAAAAACUCCAAGGUCCAGAUCACCCGAGCGAGGCUGGAGGAUUCUGGGAACUACACGUGUGUGGUUGAGAACACGCUGGGCCAAGAAAACGCUACGAGCAGCAUCAGCAUCCAGAGCCUGACCACUACUCUGUCUCCGGGCUCGAGUCACGCCCGGCGCUGUAACGACACAGAGAAGUCGUACUGUGUGAACGGUGGAGACUGUUAUUUCAUACACGGUAUAAACCAACUGUCAUGCAAGUGUCCAAAUGACUAUACAGGUGAUCGCUGUCAAAAAUCCGUCAUGGCAGGUUUUUACAAGCAUCUUGGAAUUGAAUUUAUGGAGGCAGAGGAGCUGUACCAGCGGCGGGUGUUGACCAUCACAGGCAUCUGUGUGGCACUGUUGGUAGUGGGCAUGGUCUGUGUGGUGGCAUACUGCAAAACCAAGAAGCAGAGGAAGAAGAUGCAUGGCCACCUGAACCAGAACGUUAACCAGAACCAGUGUGUGGAGCAGCCCAACCGCAUGCUGGCUAACGGUCCCAACCACCCCGGGCCAGGCCCUGAGGAGAUCCCUAUGGUCGACUACAUCUCAAAGAACGCUCCUACCACAGAGUGUAGUAUUAUACAGCAUGGACCAGAAGAAUCCGUAAACUUCGCAGGAAGCCGAAUGUCCACCAGAUCCCACCACUCAUCUACAGUCUCCCACAACUCCAGACAUGAGGAGCGGACGUGGAGUAUAGAGAGGACAGACAGUAUGAACUCAGACUUCCAGUCAGGGGCGCUCUCCUCGUCAGUGGGCACCAGUAAAUGCAGCAGCCCGACCUGCAUGGAGGCACGGGCACAGAGGGCCGCCUACUGGGGCUGUUCUGAGGGAGCCAGCCUGCAGUAUGGAGACUCCUACGACUCUCUGAGAGAUUCACCUCACAGCGACAGGUAUGUGUCAGCGUUGACCACGCCAGCCCGUUUGUCACCCGUCGAGUUCCACUACCCCCCACUGUCCCCCCAGGUGCCCACCUUCCACAUCACCUCUCCCAACACGGGCCACGCCCUCUCCCUGCCGCCCGCCGCUGUAGCCUACCACCGGGAGGACGACCAGCCCCUGCUAAGAUGCCCCCAGGAUGGACUGUUGUACCGGCAGCCCCGUCGCCCGCGCCAACCCUACCUGACGGAGAGCACGGGCAGCCUUCCGUCCAGCCCCUACCGUCUCCCUGACGACGAGGCGUACGAGACCACGCAGGAGUACGCCUCCUCCCGCGAGCCAAUCAGGAGCCGCCGGCGCCCGCGUCGGAACCGCCUCAACGGACACUUCUCCCAGCGUGCAAUGGGCCUACGGGACUACAGCUCUCAGAGCUUCAGCCAAUCAGAGGAGGAGGAGGAGGAAGAGGAAGGGCACGGGGAGAGCACGCCCUUUCUCAGUAUGCAGAACAUGAACAUGGAGCCGUGCGAACGUGGGUGCCGAUCAUCUACCGCCCCUGGCGCCACCACUGACAUACGGACUCACCGGGCACAGGGGCGACCAAGCACCCGCAGCAAUGGACACAGUAAAACUCCCCAGUCACGCUCCUCGAAACAUGACAACAUACCCCUUUAAGACCCGCCCACCUUGACCACUGACCUCUAACCCCUGACCCCAAAACCUUUGACCCACCUAAAGACAACAAUGGAGUAGAGACAUAUUUUUAUUUUGUAUAACAGACAGAUAUUCUAAACAAAUGAAAUAUUUAUUUUCAUUUUAGCAAAAAUUGUCUACUAGCUAACAGCAAAUACUUUUUUUAUAGGGGAAAAAUAUUUAUAUGUAAAGUUUUUGAUUUACAGCAUUAUGAGAGAGAGAAAAAAAUUAUUCCGUGCCAAUUUUUUCACGAGUUAGACAAUAGAAUAAUAUUGUGGUGCCUUUUGCUGUGUGCUGAAGCCAGAGGUCCUGUUGAGUUUUUGUAGCCUUUCUAAUACAGAUUCCUCAUUUUAUAGACCUCUUUACUUUGACUUCCUCUGAUUUACGAUCUCCCUGUUUGAACUGUGAUAUGAUUCUGUCAUCAUGCAAUAUGAAUCACCCCUGUGUAAAGGUUUAUGUUUACAUGAGAAUGAUCCACACGCAGUAGUUUUUUUCACGGGGGACAUUUAUCACAGACGCAACUGGAUGUGGUGUCCUGUCCUGGUACAGGAAGUGAUGAGGUAGUUUUUGAUGAGUCGCUCAAACAAACUUACGUCAGUCAUUCAUGUCAUCAUCCGCCGCCUGUCAUUGUCUGUGUAUUGUUUUAGAGGAAUGCAGGUGAUCCAAGGUACCUGCACAGGUGUUCAGGGUUUUUAAGUGUUGUGUGUGUGUGUGUGUGUGUGUGUGUGUGUGUGUGUGUGUGCAUGCAUACGCAUGCUCAAUGAUGAGUUGUAGUCUGGUCACAGGCACAGCAGGGGAGCCCUGAGUGUGUCCAUUCAGCUAUGAGGGUGUGUUCACUGUUAAACUGACAUACUUAACCGGCCAAUCCUCAUGCUGCCAGAAGCUCCAUUGCACUGUAAAACCUCCUUCCAUGAGCGUUCAUUGGCCAGGGAGCUGCCAAUCCAACCAAUCCUGUCAAUCCAGCCUGAUUCUGGCCUACAUGGACUGCCCACCCCCGUUUUUAUGCCAGCAGCUUAACUAAAGCCGCACUGUGUCUCAGGACUUUCACAACCCAUGAAGAAAAAAACUCAAUUUCCCAAGAACCACCAUGGUCCAUAGGCCAGAUCCAUUAUGUCCCUCAUCCUUGUCUGUUUUCAUGUCUGAUGUAGUAGGGAGUUUUGGAAACUCUUGAAAACUUGAAAAAAAAAGUGGAGUUUUAAAAAUGCUAAAACAUGCUGAUAUGUAGUUGAUGUUGAGUCUCUUAGAUGAUUGUUCUAUGACAGUGUAAUGACACGGGUUUGUUCUGUGAUGAUGUUGACGACGGCAUUGGCUCGUAGUGAUGAUGGCACUGGAUUGCUGAGUGCUGUGGCAAGUCACAAAGGUUCAUUUUUGCGAAGUCUCUCCUACGUUGACUGAUGGACUGCAGUGUGUUUGAGUCUGUUCGGUUUGUCUUUUUUUCAUCAUAGCCAACAGACGGUUUGGUAGUAUCGAUUAUUGCAUCCUUUGUUGCAUUCCUAUACCUUUAUCAUUAGCAUACGUAUACCUUGCUUGGCCACAUUGACUGAAUGAUCUGAUAUGUGUCUGUCUCUGUCCGACCUCCCCCAUCUUGACAAUGACAUCAUAGAGUAUAACAUAACCUAUUAUCAUGGGACAGGUUACACCUACACAGGACAACAGCUUGCCCACUCCGCUAUGGGUUACAGACAUUCCUCAGAAAGGGUUCACCUCAGAAAUAUUAUCAGAUUUAAUGGGCAGGGAGUCCCGAGAGUGUCCUGCUCCUCUACCUAAUGGAAAAAGGAGUUGGUUUUAAAUGAAAAUAUAAAUGUGCCCCUUUACCAAUCGAGUCUCACAGGAGAUGCAUGCAUCACAAAAAAAAUACACAUAAGUACCUUAAAAAAAAUGACUACCAACUCCUUAGAUGAAUUCAGAGGAUUAUUGUGGAAUACCACUUAUCACAGAGAAAUACAUGUUUUUUUCAUGGCCCAAAGUUCUGGCUAGUAUGUCUUAGUAACACUGUAUUCAAUCUGAGAUUUGCAAUGUGGGAUACUGCCAGUGAGGGUAGUGUGCUUAUAGUGGUAGUUGAAAUGUAAAAUCCCCCUUACUUCCUUCCCUUGCAACCAAUCUUUCCUACCUUGCAUAUUUACUCACACACACACACACACACACACACACACACACACACACACACACACACACACACACACACACACACACACACACACACACACACACACACACACACACACACACGCAUUGUUUGUGUUUGUCCAGCAGUUGUCCUCGACUCCUUGACGCCCCCUCCCUCCCCCUCCUCCCCCAAUCCUCUCAC